CAGAAGCUGAAGUAGGAGGAUAGAUUAGCAGUGAAAAGCAGCAUCAAAAUGAAAAACUGCAAUACAAACUGUAUAGAAAAGCCCCUCUCUCUGGGGUUUAAGAAACUUGGACAUUUUCUGGGGAAAUAUCCCUGGUAUUUUUUAGUUUUGCCACUUGUUAUAGCAGGUGGUCUUGGUGGCGGAUUCUACUUUAUACGUGAGAGGGAGGCGAAUGACAUCGAGGACCAGUUCACACCAAGAGACGGCCCUGCGAAGGCAGAGAGGACAUUUGUGAAAGACAAUUUUCCGACUUCAGGGGACUUUUCUCAGUUGCGGCUCUACACCGAUGGCACAUACGCAUCGCUAAUCAUCACAAGCAGUGUAAACAUAUUUACAGUUGACGCUUUCCGAGAAAUCAUCAACUUGGACAGAAAAGUUAAGAACAUCACUGCAAGAGAUAAUGUCUUGUCUUAUGAGAGCCUUUGUGCCAAAAUAGGUGGAAAAUGUGCUACAAAUGCAAUUUUAGAUGCUGUGAACUACAAUGCAAGUGAAAUUCAAAGUACCAUGAUUAACUACCCAUUUAACAAUGACACUUUUCUGGGCACUGAAGUCGGUGGUGUGACUCUGAAACCUGAUAGCCAGAUAAUUGAAAGUGCAGAAGCCAUCAGGCUUUAUUAUUUCCUGCAAGACAACAUCACAAGUGAAACGGAUGAAUGGCUGCUUGAGUUUCUGAACGUGUUCUCGGAGGAGCUGAUUUCUGAAACAUUAUCUGUAUCGUAUUUCACCUCAGUGUCCAGACAAGAGGAAUUCAAGAAGAGCCCAAAAACGGUGCUCCCGUUUUUCUCUGUGACUUAUUUCCUGGCCAUUGCCAUCUCAAUUAUAUCAUGUUUAAGAUUGGAUUGUGUGAGAAACAAGGUGUGGGUAGCCACCUUCGGCGUACUCUCGGCAGGCCUGGCUGUGCUGUCCAGCUUUGGCUUACUUCUACUCUGCGGGAUGCCCUUUGCAAUGACUGUUGCUACUUCACCCUUUCUGAUUCUGGGGAUUGGUGUUGACGACAUGUUCAUCAUGAUCUCAUGCUGGCAGAAGACUAAUGUUCAUGAGGAAGUUGAACAGCGUAUGGCAAAAACAUAUGAAGAGGCAGCGGUGUCCAUUACCAUCACCACGCUGACUGACGUCCUGGCUUUCUACAUUGGCCUCAUGUCCUCUUUCCCAUCGGUCCAGUCUUUCUGCGCGUACACCGGCACGGCCAUCCUCUUCUGUUACAUCUACAACAUCACUUUCUUUGGUGCCUUUCUGGCACUCAACGGGAGGCGAGAGAAGAGCAACAGACACUGGCUGACCUGCAUGGUCGUGGACCCACCAAAACCAAACUCGAAAAACAACAUCUGCUCAGUAGGGGGCGCUUACGAUCUUGAAACAAAUACCGAAGAAGAAAUGCCAAUUAACUUGUUCUUCAAGAGGUAUUAUGGGCCAUUUUUGACAAAGUGUUGGACCAAAGUUUUUGUGAUACUGAUUUAUGCUGCUUAUCUGGCCAGUAGUAUCUACGGCUGUACACAAAUGAAGGAAGGAAUUGACCUGAAAAACUUAGCACCCGAUAACUCGUACGUAGGCAAAUAUUAUGACAAUGAAGACAAGUACUUUUCAGAGUUUGGCCCAAAUGUUAUGGUGAUCAUUAAGGAUGACUCCUUUCAGUACUGGAGCGAAAGUGCUCGUCAAGAGCUAAACGGCUGUCUCGAAGGUUUUCAAAAGCUAGAAAUGGUCGCUAAAAACAUGACUGUAUUUUGGCUCGAUUACUAUUUGGAUUUUGGAGAGAAAGUACAUUUAGAUCUUUCAGACAAGGCCACGUUCAUGAGAUCUUUACGGCCAUUCCUUGCGGCCUCUGACUUCAGUCAGGAUGUUAACGUUAAUUAUACUGCGGAUCAAAUCUAUGCCUCUCGAUUGUUUGUCCAGACCAUAAACAUCAGAACAGCAGUUGACGAAAAGGAAAUGUUGAACGCUUUCAGACAGACUGCUAAAGACUGUUCAGUUCCAUUAUUGGUGUCCCACCCUGCCUUCAUCUACUUUGAUCAGUACGCUGUCAUUGUGAGCAACACGAUCCAGAAUGUUUUAGUUGCCACUCUGGUCAUGCUGUGCAUUUCUCUCCUGUUAAUCCCGAAUCCACUGUGCUCACUGUGGGUGACGUUUGCCAUCGCCUCUGUUAUUGUUGGCGUGGCUGGCUUCAUGACACUGUGGGACGUUAACCUAGACUCCAUAUCAAUGAUCAACCUGGUCAUCUGCAUUGGCUUCUCUGUAGACUUCUCCGCUCACAUUUCCUACGCUUGUGUUUCAAGCGAUGCUGAAACAUCCAAUGGUAAAGUUAUUGAUGCGCUGUACAAUCUUGGUUAUCCUAUAAUACAGGGAGCCAUCUCAACAAUUGCUGGAGUGGUUGUUCUUGCUGCUGCCCAGAGCUACAUUUUCCGAACGUUCUUUAAGAUCAUGUUUUUAGUCAUCUUGUUUGGGGCGCUGCAUGGCCUCGUAUUCAUACCGGUGUUCCUCUCUUUCUUUGGAAUUUGCUCUAAGAAAUCAGAGGUCAGAAAUGAACAAAGUGGUGGGUCAUCCGGAAGUUCGAGAAGUGUGCAGGACAGACAGAUGCAUGCUUACGACAACCCAAACAUGAGCCAGUGAAGAACCCAAAAACUGGAACCAGAAGAUGGUGGACUGCUGACUUGUCUUCCUCAACAGACCUUCAUCUAACACCUAAGUUACUUCACCCAAACUGUUGCGAAAAAAAAAAGUGUCAAUAAGGCCCCAUUUUCUAAAAUCCCAACAGGAAGGCUCUGGAAAAAACUACCACUCUAUUAUGGAUAUAUAAUCAUUAUAUUUAUGUGUCUUAGUUGCUGUACUGUAGUUAAGGUGUCAUUUAUAAAUACUGUACAUAUAUUGUGUUGAAACAUACCUUUCUUUGUUAGACACUUUAUGUUUGGAUAUAAAGUUAAAUGACAGUUAAAUUAUGACUUAUAAUACUAUAUAACAGUGCUUGUAAAUGCAUAUACAUGUAUUUCCCAUGGAUUGUUUUGGAUUCUUUUACAUUCUUUCACAAGUAUAACUCUGUAAUCUAUAAAAAAGCUCUAUAAAUCCAUAGAUCUAUGAAAGCUACUC